GGCACCUCCAGCCCCUCCUCACCCCGCCCCGGGCCGGGCAGUCGGGCAGAGGCUGCAGCGCCGGCCGCCGCGCCCCGCCAUGGGCUGCUCCAGCAGCGCCCGCAGCCGCCCCCAGGAGCCGCCGACCACCGCCGCCGCCGGGCCGCCGCCGCGGGCAUCAUCAGGUGAAAACACCCCGACUGCAGAUGAUCAUGAAACCGUAGCUGACCAAACACAGUUGGACCCAGUGGAGGAUGUGAGUCUUGCCUCUAAGGAGAUAAACCCAGGCGAGCAUCCACCAGGAGAGGAGGCUGUGGCCAUGAUUCUGGCUGUAGAGGAGAAGAUCGAUUUGGUCAGUAAAAGGGAGGAGCCGGAGGGCACCGAGCCCCUGCCUGCAGGAGCAGAGGAGAGCUCUGAGCUGCCGUCUGCAUGGCGAGAGGAGAGCAAUGGGCCUUCACCUCCAGCACCAGGAGAAGACGCUGGGGUACCACCGCCAGAACCAGCAGAGGACAGUGGGCUGGUAGAGGGCAGUGACACCUCUGUAGUGGAAAUCAUCAAGAAAGUACAUAUUACUGAAGAGGACAACCUCGUCGAGGGUGAGACGGGAGAACAGGUGGAAACUGAGCUGCUCAGUGAGAUAGUAAGUGGAGGGCCUGAAACAAAAGAAGAAGAAACAGGAGAAGCUGUGGAUGGUGCAGCAGCGACAGAGAUAGAAACAGCUAAUAACAACGAACAGAAGUUACAUCUCUGAACAUCCUCUUCUUGGGCCUGCUCUUCUGUCCACAUGAACAUUUUUUGAUUUUACUGGGUUGGGAAAAUAGAAAAGCUUUUAUGGAUUGAGUCACGAGCCACAAACAUGAAUAAGAGGCAUCAGAAGAAGUUUUAUGUAAUAUAUAUAUUUUUGAAGUCAAGCUGCCAAGACUUCAAGUGUUUGAAAUACCUGAAUUUUCACCUCCCUGCCACAGAGUGGCCUUCUCUACAUAUCUAGCACAGUGGGAUCAUUUUCCGACAUCAGUAGAACCAUUCAGUUUUCAAUUAGGAUUUUUCCACGUUCAGAUAACUAACUUCUUCAAACCUUUGAAACCUUCAACCAGCAUUAUAUGGGAUAAAGAAUAUAAUGUCGCUUUUUUUGUUGGUUUGUUUUUUUUUUUUUUUUUAAUAAUGGUAGCAUGCAGGCAAUGUCUCCAAGUGCCUGGACUACCAGCAUAUGGAGCUACUGACAUGCGUAGCACGUAGAGGACUGGAAGACAAAAGUGCACAUUUACCAGGCUGUAACUAAAUGCAGAGGUUAGUUUAGUUUGUCAGAAAAUGGAAGGUAUACAGGGUGCGGUGUUAAGGACCCAAGUGGGUCUCUGCUGCUCGCUCUCCAUUUUUAAACAUGAAUUUAUUGCAAGGCUAGUAGUACAAUAUAUGUGAUGACUUCUGCAAAACCAGGGAGAAGAGCGCAUUUUUAACUAUGAGUAGGAUGUUUUAGUCUUAUAAAUUCUAGCACAAUUGAAAUAUAAAGAUAACUACUUCAUGGAUGUUAACAUUCAUGGUGAUUAAUACCCUGUCUCUAGUUGCGUAGCUCCUCAUAUGCGUUUGUGGCUUCUAAAACAGAUUUCUAACCAGAGACGUAUAUAAGCCCUUUCUCAAAGGAGAGCUCAUCUGUUUUAUUUCCCUGUGGUGCUGUCCUCCAGAAGAAGUAUGCUAUCAGGGGCUGUGUUGGGUUAUUUUCCAAAAUGCUAAAUAAUCAUUUUGGAGCUGAAGCUGAAUGGCAAAGCUUUCAAACAAAUUUCCUGUGAAAAUAGGCCCUGAAUAUAAUUGAUCUUACAGAUCCAAUAGAGAGUAGAAGUUUGUUCUAAUGGUAAUGUAUAGUCCCUUUGCAACACUGACCAUCGAGGACUGUUUAUAGGAUUCUCUGGCAUAAGAAAGUAGAAUAUGGAGAAAAGGUCAGUUAUCUAAAAAGGGCAAGCACACGUUGCUAUUUUAUUAGCUUUAUUGUACAAAAGGACUUCACAAAACUUUUGCUGUCACUAGCAAAUUAUACAAAUCCCCUCUGUGAGCUAAAUUUUGUGCUGCAUGUGCACAUCUGACUCCAGCUGACUUUGGUGUGUAUUAAAUAAUCUAAUUUAUAUCCCUGGCCUAUCAGCCAUUUGUGUAAGCUCAUAUUCCUUGGCUGUAUCACUAAAUCUGAGGUUUUCUGCUUAUCAACACUCUUACCAACUUGUCAGCUUCAUUUAAUGUCAACUUUCUGUAGGCAAUACCAUAAACUUUUAGAACUAAAAU